AUGGCAUUGUCUAGAGCGUGGAUCCUAUCUGCCCUAUCGGCUCUUGCGCUCAUGUUCGCCGCCGGCACGUCUCCGGUGGCCGGUGGUCGAAUGGCAGACAAACUGGAGAUACUGUGGGGCCAGACGCGGCUGCUCAACGACAGGAACGGUGACCAGACCAUCGGGCUGACGAUGGACAAGGCCAUGGGGUCGGCCUUCGGGUCCAAGACCUCGUACCUCUUCGCCAGGAUCGACAUCUCCAUCAAGCUCGUCCCCAAGAACUCCGCCGGCACCGUCACCACCAUAUACUUGAUCUCCCAGAAGGACUGGAAGAAGCAUGACGAGAUCGACCUGGAGUUCCUGGGCAACGCCACCGGCCAGCCCUACACCCUGCACACGAACAUCUUCGCCGCCGGCGAGGGGGGCAGGGAGGUGCAGUUCCGGCUCUGGUUCGACCCCACCGUCGCCUUCCACACCUACUCCAUCUUCUGGAACAAAGACCAGAUCCUGAUCCUGGUGGACGGCAUACCGAUCCGGCAGUUCAAGAACCACUGGGAGGACGGGGUGCCGUUCCCGGUGUACCAGCCGAUGCGGCUCUUCGGGUGCCUGUGGGACGCCGACGACUGGGCGACGCAGGGCGGCCGGAUCAAGACCGACUGGUCGCAGGCGCCGUUCGUGGCAUACUUUGCCAACUACUCUGCCUCCGGGUGCACGCCGAGCGCCGGCGGCUCGUGGACUUGCGGCCAGGACCCUUCAGUCUCCGGCUCCGGCAGCAGCGGUAGGGGCGACUGGGUGACCCCGGGGCAGAGAAAAGGGCUGAACGACGAUAUGAAGCAGCAGAAGCUGAUGAAGAAGAUGCAGAGCAAGUACAUGAUCUACGAUUACUGCACUGAUCAUAAGAGGUUCCCCAAUGGCUUCCCAAAGGAGUGUGGCCUGGCUUAG